AUUACGUACGAGGACGUGGUUCCCAUCGCCGUGCCUGAAGUCUCGCUGAAGGAGCCCGAGGUGAAACCGCAGCCGCAGCCGCAGCAGAUCCCGGAGCAGCAGAUGAUGCCGCAGGUAAUGCAGGAACCCAUGCACAACGGCGACAUGUCUCCGCAGGUCAUUUCGCCCCUUGAAAUCCCCGAGGGCAUCCCUCUCCUGGCCCGCAUCCUGCCCAAGGUCGAUGGCGAAGGAGACAAGAAGAUCAGCUUGGAGCGCCUCUUCACGCCCGCCACAGACUCCGGGGACCUCACGCCCAAGAAGGCUGCUUCGCGGAAGAUGUAUUCGUCGUCCGCCUUCUACCGGCCCGACCACCCGACCAUCGACGACCAGGUGGAGUUGGCGCAGCGCAUCUCCUUCUCGCUGGUCGACGACAACAAUAAGAUGAGCCGCGGACAGUCCAUGUACCUCAAGCGGAAGAACAGGUCUAUGCGCUGGAUCCAUCAAGGAGGCGAAAUGCAAGAAAUGAUUACAGGUUCUGGGGCAGGCGGUGAGAUGCCGGAAGAGGAGAUUCAGCGACCUUUGGAGAAACCUCCCAUGAAGUUGCUCAUGAACCCCAAGGGCGUGCAGGACUUCCAGGCCGUGCAAGAACACUACGAGAACCUUAUGAACGCCCCAACCAGUCCCGAUGUCGGCAAGGUCGUGAUCCAGAAUCCUGUUAUUACCGCGAGUCCUUCCGGGAAAGGUGCCGAGCUGUUCGCCAAGCGAAAGAAGCGAAUGGACAAAUUCAUCGUUGACGAGACGACGGUGCAGAAGGCGCAGCAGCAGACGACGUCCGUUCAGCAGACCUCCACUUUCAGUUCGAGCUUCAGCAGCAGCAGCAAAAGCGUCAGCAGCAGCAGCAGCUUCAGCAGCAUGAAACAGGCGGAGAUGGAGAGGAACCGACAGCAGGAGCAGAUAAUGGAGAAGUUCCUGAAAGACCGGGAGUCCAGCCUCGUGUUGGUGCAGUCGCCGUGGAAGGCCGCGCUCGAGACUGGUCAUCCCGACGCAGCCUUCGACGAUAACAGAUUAAAACAACAGCUGGCGAGCAGCGUGGUGUCUCGGGCGAACAUCAAGGUAGCGGACGCGGCCGGCCAGGAAAAGUCCGUGCCAGUUUCGUUCGCCGCCCCGCCCAUGGGAGGAGCGCCCACCGCACCCGCGGCCGCCCCUGCCUCAGGACCCUUCAAUCUCCCAGAACUCACAAAGAUCUUGACCCAACCUCCUAAGUCAGAAUUCUCCAAGUCUAAAACAGAAUCCUCCGAGCUUAACCCAGUGGCAUCUAAGACUAGUCUAGUGGCACGCAAGGCUAGAAUCUGGCAGCCAAGUGGCAACACGCUGACAACACACCAGCCUAAGCGGGCAGAGGCUCAUGCCCCUGUGCCACCAUACCCCCUUGCCCGAAACCCCAUUCGUGUACCAGUUCCAACUGCAACCUCAUCCUGCCCCUCACAGACAUCUGCACAGUCCUUUUUAUCCUCUUGCCAAUACCCACCCUCUACCUUGCCAUGCUUGUCAGCCAAUCCACAUAUUAAUGACAACACCAGUAAAGCAGCGGCUCUAUGUCCCAAAACAGUUUGUUCACCUCGCAUUCAGCCAGGCUCCUUCACUAGCCUGCAGUUAUUUAAGAUCAGCGAGUGUCUAAAAUCUUCCUCAGCCUCUUCUAUGUCACCUGAGAAGUCCUCCCUUCCUCGGAUUCCUGAAUCUGUUAUAAGUCCUGGUGGAUCAAUAGAUACGAAUUUAAAGGCUGAUCAUAAACAGUUAAACAACAGUUUCUCAAGCACACCGAUCAGUGCCUUAAAUGUUAUGCCUGCUCCCCUCCCUGCCACCACCUCCCCUCUUCCUUCUGCUAUUAAGGAUGCUUAUGAUUGCAACACUGUGUUGCAAUCAUUUCCUUCGAAUGUGCCUUCCUUUCACCCACAAAGUUCCCUUUCUGAUAGCAAAGGUGCCUCCCUGCCUACCUAUAUAAAUCCACCUCUUGCUGUCACUACAACAUUUUCUCUGUCUGCUGCUCCAAGCGAAAACAUCUGUAGUGAUAAAUCUGCUUUUCCUGCUUCUACAGCAGCUUUAUCUUUGUGUGUCACUUCACCUAUUGUAAUCCCUGCAUCGGUUUCUGUUGCAUCCAUAUCUGAUAUUCAGGACUUGACCAGCUCUGUUGCAACCUCCAUUGCUAUUGCCGUUUCAUCUGGAAAUGCACUUCAAACAAUUUCUGCCGAAAACUGCACAUUUACUACUCCCUUGUCCGUCAUGACACAGUCCUCGGAUACCCUCCUUAGUUACAGCCUGGCACAAACCAAACUUAAACCUGGAAUGAAGUGUGAUCCUUCACCAGUGCUCCCUAAUCCUGAUGAGCAAACUCACUAUCAUAACACUAAGUCGACAUCACCACCCUUGUCACACAAUUAUAUUAGUGUUAACUUUCCUGAAGAUUCCUCUCUGAUCCAAACUGAUCAAGAAGUAUCUCUUUCAAACCCUGAAGAUUUAGAUUCCAAUACUCAAGCUUAUGCCGAUAUUAGCACCCAAGGUAAUGAAAUCAUCCAAUCAAACAAAAUUAACUGCGCUGAUGAAAGCACCUGUGAGCUUAAAGCUUCCAACCACACAAGCGACAAUAGGCCAUUGCGACCUACCUCCCUGCCACUUAUCCCACUAUCUCAGCUUGUUAACAACAUGGUCCCCCAUUCAUAUGGUAUCCCUGCCCAAUCCUUGCUUAGUACCUCUCCAUCUGCUCUACAUAGUUUACCUCCAGAAAUAAAUUCUCCUGGCCAGAACACUCUAACCUCCUCUGGCUCGACUGCAUGCUGUACUGUAGGUAGCACAUCAUCUUUUUGUUUAGAGCAAAGCCCUCAAUGCAAAAACACUUUUACCCAGAAGCUUCACACGCCAAUAAUGUCAAUUGUGAAAACUGUUCCUAAUGUUAUGUCUCCAGAGGGAAGGAAAGUGACCCUAGCUGGGCAAUCUGUGAAACUCCCUUCUGCCCUCGUUCUCCCUAAGGGCUCGAUCUGCCCUCCCGCAUCCAUGAUUGUCACCCCAGAUUCACGCCGAUCGCGGUCUCCCACAGGCAGGCAAAAAUAUGAUACUGUGGAUGGUAAUUUUGAUGAAUUAGGGACUCCUUAUUGCUUCAUGAAAUGCAAUCCUGAGGGUACACCAUAUAUUUGCAAUCAACAGAUUCAAAUAGUAUCAUCGCGCAUGCCUGAUUCUGAGAGCAAUGUAGAACAAGUGUCAUUUGGCUCAGAGUCAGAACAGUCGGAUUACAGCAUGCAUCUUAUGGAAGAUGAUGAAUUAGAAAACAUUGAUGUUGUUGUUCCUGAGAUUCACAUAGCGCCUAUUCACAGGCCUUCCAUAGAUGAAACUGAACUUAGGAAAUAUUUAGGUGAACUUGAGGAUAUGUUCAAACAAAACCCUGACGAGGUGUCCUCAAUUACUGUGGAUGAUCUAAAGCCCCCAGAUUUCUAUCGAAGUGUCUCACGAACAAGCCUUAAUCUAGAAGUAGAAGACGGAGAUACUUUACUCUUUGAUGAUGAUUCCAAUGGUAGUAAAUGUAAUAUAAGAACACUAAUGCCUUUCGCUCAGUUGAAAGUUGAUGUGUGUCAGGAUCAACGGUUGUUUAAUAAUGAACAGUCGAGAGAAGAGGCUUCUCCUCUACCAUCAUUGAAAUGCGUUGCAUUAAAUCUCUCUGAUGGCUCGAAACGUGAUGGCGACGAGUCUGGGGAGCAAGAGAGGCAGUCCACCUCGGCCAUGGCGGUCGGAGAGAGCCAGGAGAGUGAGGGUCAGAGGGAGAAAAAAGAUACGGAACAGAUUUGUGGUUAUGUAGAUGAGGAAAGGAGUACCAUGGAGGCAUGCAAGGAUAUCGCACAGCCUUGUAAGAGUCCAUGGCUCCGUAGCGCAUCCCCACCAAAUUUCCCUUCAUCAAAAGGCACCAACCCUCCCACUCCCUCCACAGGCACAGGCGCCAUCUACACCGCCGAGGUGAAGGUUGUUCAACGGGCGUCCCUUCCACCUACACCAGUUGACACCCCACAACACUCGCUGCUGGACCUCGUCUCGCAGGACUCGAACGUCAACAAGCGCCGCUCCUUGAACUUCAACCUCGCGGCCAAGGGCUUCGGCACCUACAAUAACUUCUAUACGCCUGUCACCUUCGCUACUUAG